GACGAUAGCAUCAUAACGUCUCCGACUUGGUGGAGAUUCAUCAGUUGCGGCUACAUUCCCAAUGACAGAGACAAACGCAUCAGAUAACGCUGAUGACCUCUAGAAAAACUCUACGCAAAAGGGGAAGAAAGACAACUUCCAAGGUUCUCUUCCAAGUGCCUUUUUCUUUUCAACCUCCUGAAUUUUGUUUGAAGGAAAACAUCAACUUGGAGAUAGUAUUAUUAAAUCGAUUCAAGAAUGAAUCAAGUUGGGGGAACCACGUUCCCAAAUUUCUGUAGAAGAAAGAUUAAAAAAUUGGGUCAUCGAAAAAAGGGAACGCAUGCAAAGCAAGGACAAAGAAAAACCUGACGCUAAAAUGCCAGAUUAUUACUAUAUUCAUUCAGCAUCGCAGAAGACAUUACGGUCUCAUCAUGAGGUCAUUGAGUUUUUGCUCGACGUAGAAAUUCCUCGAAAAGGUGGUAGCAAGAAAGCAAAGGUUGUUGGGGCUGUAGAUAAUCAGGUCUCAGGUUCGGCAUCCCAUGAAUCAAGCAGAAGGAAAGAAAUGUCAUUCACUUCCCAAAUAGUGAAUAAGAUGAAGAGUAGUGAUGAAAAAGGGACUAAUGAAUUGGAUAAUAAGGUGAUGAGUGAUGAAUUGAAGAAUAAGAUGAAAGAUUUAGAGAAGGAGAUUAUGCCGUGGGAUGAUGAUGAAAUGGGGCUAUAUAAGAUGGUUGACAUUAAUGAAAUUGAAAAUGAACUGAUGAUUCAAGAACUGUUGAACCAGCCGGGAGAAUUGUUGUUUAAUUUGUGAUAUCAUUGAUGCCCCAAGCAUGUGUGUAAUUUUUAACAUUGUAUGUGUGUUUGCACGCAUGUGCAUGCUGUUGAGAGAGAAAGAGGUUAGUCAUAUCUAGAGUUGUACCAUGUCUUGU